AUGUCAGAACAUGGCGAAGUAUCAACGGCAACAAAACUCCAUCCCUCAGGAGUGUUUACGAUGGAACAUCUACGAGCGUAUCUAUAUGGUCAUAAGAAAGUGCAGUUGAUUGACACGACAAAAAUACAAAAAGAAAGAAUUAAACAUCUUCAUAUCAAUAAAGAACCAAAAGGAAAUUCAUGUAAGUUGAACUAUUUCAGUAGGAGAAAGAUAUUGUAGUUCAAAUUAAGGGUAUAUAGGCUCCUUUCCACAGAAUUCAUGUGUUCCCUUGUUCCUAAAAAAGAUUUCCCCAUGUUCCCUUGUACCCUAAGCUUACAUGUUCCCCAUGUUCCCUUGUAUCCUAAGCUUACAUGUUCCCCAUCUUCCCUUGUACCCUAAGCUUACAUGUUCCCCAUGUUCCCUUGUAUCCUAAGCUUACAUGUUCCCACAUGUUCCCUUGUUCCCUAAAAACCCCUAGGAUAACCUCCUUUAUGAAGUCCUAUAACUGAUCAAAAACUCGUAAAAAAUUGUCAACAUUGCCUGUUUUUAGGGUGUGAUAUAUGCAAUGAAAACCCAGAGGAGUGCCCGAUGCAUGGGCCUUUACACUCGCUACGUAAACUCGUGAAUCAAAGUCAGAUUGACUCACCAAUAGAUUACAGUGCAAUAUUGAAGUUUCCGGAUGAAGUGGGGCUGUGUACGUCGAGUAUCCCUGGGAUCGAGUAUGGAGUGUGUGCCAAGGCCGCUAUACCUUCUGGGACAUGGAUUGGUCCAUACGAGGGAAGACUGGUGCGACCAGAGCAGAUCAAGCGAGGGACUGAGACGGAGUAUAUGUGGGAGGUAGGGUGAAGGAUGGUUGACACUAUCAAAGUUUCUGUGAUCACAGUAGGAAUUUUGCAUGGGUAAAUUGUAAGUUUUGAAGGAUUUGUAAGAAAUGCUUGAGAGAACUGACUCUGUGUUUGACACUGAGAUAGUUUCCUGAAACAUUUCUUACAAAUCCUUCAAAAUUUACUGAUGCAAAAUUCCUACUGUGAUCACAGAAACUUUGAACUAAACCAGACUCAAAAGUGUUCUUCUGUGCUCUUGAAACAACAUGCAAUCUCACGCCAAGGUAGUUUAUGGUAGAACAGUUAAAAUAUUUUUAAAUAUCGUUCCGACACACCUAGUCUUUCUUCCCUUGCCGUUUGCGCGACAAACAUUGCAAGUAAAUCAAUAACUUUCCUUCCUGUCCACAGAUCUUCCACGAUGGUCAGGUCAGCCAUUACUUAGACGCAAGAGAUGAAUCCAACUCAAGCUGGAUGCGUUUCAUUCGCUGUGCUCGUCAACGCUUUGAACAAAACAUGGUGAUAUUUCAGUACCAUGGCUGUAUUUACUACAGGACUACCAAAGAUGUUAAAGUAGGCGAAGAACUCCUUGUCUGGUAUGAUAGUAGAUACUCCCUGAUCUUUGGGAUACCUGUGGCUUUGAAUGAGACAGGAAGUAGAGGUACGCUUUAUUAUCUUGUUUUAAGACGGGCGUGCGUGCGCGCGUGUGAUCACAGAGCACAGCUACAGGUAAGGGGCCCAACCCACUCUAUCAACCCCACCCCCUCUACCAACUUUUCCUGUUUGCUCGUAUUAUCGUAUUACCACGCUGAGUGAGUAUAUUUUGUCAAACUUCCUCGCCAAAGAGAACCGCCACCGACGAGAAAGAAUAGUUAGAUUUGGUAGUCAAGAAGCUCAACAUUCAUAAAUUUCAAUAAAUUGACAAGCGUAUCUUAGGAGACAAUACAAAUCACUCCUGUUAUGAUGCAAAGUUUCCCACCAAUGCAAAAAGGGCAAGAGCGUUCAUGAGUAGUAAUUAGUCUUACUGCACAUAAAUUUGUCAUCUUUGGUUAAAUUUUAUUCAUUCUCAUCUUUACUAAAGGUGUCAACCCACCAAAAGGAAUCGUCACCCAAGAAAGGAGUUACGGAAAACGUCGAAAUAGUGAUGCAGAGCCUCAGAAAGUUAAGAGAUCAAUGGUGGAUAAAGAUAGUACAACAGUGAGUAAAGCUAGUACAGUAAUGGAUAAAGGUAGUGCGCCAGUGAGUACACACAUGGAUAAAGCCAGUACACCAGUGGUCAAACAUGAACCUAACAGUUCAACAGAAGAUAUACCAAGCUCUGCUAUGAAUUACAGGAACUCUAUGUACCACAGGGGACGUUGGUAUACACUCCCCAACAAUGAAGGAUCAUCAGAGCAGGCUACACACUGCUCGAAAUGUAUGAAAGGUUUUAAUAAUCGUGAAACAUUUUUAUUACAUAACUGCUCGAAACCAAUCAAGAAUUACACUUGUGCAUACUGCGAUCGUAUGUGCGCCACCUUAACAGAGCUGGGCAAGCACAUGGAAGAUCACGUGAACGAGAGACCGUUCAAAUGUGGUUACUGUCCACGCAGUUUUAAUAACGCCAUUGCACUUAAUUUACAUGUCCGUAUUCAUGGCCGUCACGUGUCACCAAAGAUCUUACUCAGUCAGGUUGGAGAUAAAUCACGUGCAUGA